AAGAAAAAGUUUUCAUUUAUUCAGCUUCACCUUUGUCUCCUUAAAAUUUUCAAUUUACCAGUCAUCACCUUCCACUCAUCUCCACACAUCCCUUCUGCAGUUAGCUUUGGUUAUAGAAUUAUUAAAAUCAAAGAAUUUGUGACUGAAAUAUUGAAGAAAAUUAAUAAAAACAAAAAGAAGUGUUUAGUGAGUUGCUACGCAAACAAUCAACAGAUAAUUUUUCCAGCUAAAAGCUUUUUUCUUAUUUUGCAAGUUAAUAAAAGCAGAAAUCCUGUUCACCAUAAGUCAAGAAAGUGAAAUUGUCAUAGCAGUCGACAUGCCGGAUUUCGGGGUUUAUCCACUUCAAUCCGAGUCGCUUUCACAAGAUGAAUCCGAGUCGACAUUUGAGAACAAGUCAGGAUUGGCGGAAGACUUAAAAUUCCUUGCGUCAAUGCCUGAGCUUUGUGAUGUGACAUUUCUUGUUGGUGAAACACGCGAGCCCGUGUGCGCUGUCAAAGCAAUUCUCGCUGCUCGAUCGCGAAUCUUUCAUAAAUUGCUUUAUCAACAGCAAGCAUCACCCCAAAGAAAAAAUCAACCCAACCCACCACCCGUCCGCGAAAACAAAUUACGCUUGUUUUUAAAACGAUCAUCUGAACCUUUAUUAAAUCUUCAAAAUGAAUCACAAAAGAGAACGCUCGUCUCCCAGCCAACCUUAAUGCCCACAAUCUACGAGCCUGGCUGUCAAACUCAUCAGACUUUGAUAAUCGAAGAAUUUGAACCCGAUGUUUUCCGUCAAAUGAUUGAAUACAUUCACACGGGUAGCGUGACGUUGCAACCUCGUACACUUCUCGGCGUUAUGAAUGCAGCUGAUUACUACGGUUUGGAAGAAUUGAAACGAGCUUGUAAUGGCUUUGUUCAACAAGGGUGCAUCACUGUCGAUACGGUGUGUGCAUUGUUGAGCUCUGCUGAACGCUACAUACAUUUUAAAUGUACAAAGUCAUUGGUUCAAAGAGUCCUUGAGUUUGUCGACGAACAUGGAACGGAAGUCCUUAAUCUUGGUUCAUUUACUUUAUUGCCGCAACAUGUCGUUCGUUUGAUACUCGCACGCGAGGAACUACGAGCUGAAGAGUUUACAAAGUUUCAAGCAGCAUUAAUGUGGAGUAAGAAAUAUUGUGAUUCAAAUCCUAACACGCAGUUGAAAGAGAUCAUGGGAACUUUUCUUGCCAAUAUCUUCUUCCAUAAGAUCCCAGCAAAUGUUUUAAUGCGAGAAAUUUAUCCGCUCAAUGUGGUCCCACAAACAAUCCUAAUGAAUGCGUUGGCUUAUCAGGCAGACCCAAACUCCAUUGACGAACUUACCAUCUCUCCCAACGCAAAUCGAAUAAGAAAAUCGCAGGGUCGUUCCAUGUCAAUUCAAAGCUCCGACAAUGGAUCAAAUAUCACGUUGCUGUCGAGUAGUGGUGGCAGUAGCGGUGAACAUUAACAACUAGACAUAGCUUUAACUGUUUUAAGUGAUGUUAUUCUUUGAGAUACUUUGACACUCAAAGAUUUUAAUUGAUAUCAUGGGUAAGAUGAAUUGUUUGUUAUUGUCAUAUUAUUAUACAUAAUAUUGAUUUGUAAUCAACUGAUAAAUAUUUGAUAUGAAAUGAAUUAAGAAAGUCAUGAAAAAACAAACAAAUGUUGAGAUAUUUUAUGUGAAAUAGAAAAAAAACAUUGAUUAUGUUUACACUUUUCAAUGUUGAAGGUUUUCUUUGAAGUUUUUCCGAUGAAUAAAGAAAAAAAAUCUUGAUUGACAUUUGAGAUUUAUCAAAGGAAAACGUCAAAGGAAAUGUUUAAAGUAGAAAGUUGUGAAUGUUUAAAGUUUGAUGUAAAAUUUAUGAAAGUGUUAUUAUGUAAGUCAAAAUGAUAAAAGUUAUCAAUGAGAAUACUUUCAAUACAAAUUAGGUAACUUUCAACCUCAUGUUAGAAGUUUAAAAAAUGUGUUUGAAAAAUCAAAAAAUGAAAUUUUCUGAUUGAAAAUUACAAAAUAAAUUCUUUUUGUGAUUCUUCUGACACAUUCCUUGAAGCCUAAAUGUUAAGCAGAGCCAUCAACUAAAACUCUUUACAAGAUUUCCCUUUUUUCUCCUUAAAGGCUCUAAUAGUAAAAGUACGUACAAGUGAACUGCUUUAAAAUGACUCUAAAACUUUUAUAUAUGAAAAUUGUGGUUUUAUAAUGAAAGACGAGAUAAUUCUUUGACUUCUUCUUUCAUUUUUUGCUAACGACAAAAAGAAAUAUUAUCGCGUAGAAAGAAUUUACAUAAACCUAGUUGUAGUUGAACAUAAAAAUUAUAUAUUUGAAUAUGUACGAUAGAAUCGUGUCGUACAAAGCUGGAUUAGGGGCCGUUUAUAUAUCUGUAGCUUAAAUGUACAUUACUUAAAUGACAAUUUAUGUAAGAAAAUAUUUAAUAAAAUGAAAAGGAGAAAAUAAAUAAAAAGAAAUAAACACAAAUAAAUAUGGAAGCAUAAAUAUUAAG